AUGAAUUCCUUUAUAAUAAUUGCUAUUUUAUUUAAUUGUUUACAGUUUACACAUCAAAUAAACCAUGAUUUCGAUUUAUUAAUAUUUACACAAAGCUGGCCCGCUACGGUUUGUAAGGAAUGGAAAAAGAUGAACCCUCGGCAUAAAUGUACAAUGCCACAUAAAAAUGAUGCCUGGUCUGUCCAUGGCAUAUGGCCGACGAAACUUGGAACAAUUGGUCCUGCCAACUGUAAUAGAACUUGGUUAUUUGACCCUGAAAAGAUUAGGCCUAUUGAGGAUAAACUAUUGGAAGAAUGGACUAACAUUUUUAAUGGAACUUCAAACUAUGCACUCUGGGCUCAUGAAUGGACCAAACAUGGUACCUGUGCAGCACAACUGGAACCUUUAAAUUCUGAAUUGAAGUAUUUUUCCAUAGGCCUUGAUUGGUUGGAAAAAUACUCUAUGGCUAGGAUUUUAAGUGAUGCUGGUAUAAUAGCUUCCAACACUGAUGAUUACCAUAUAACGGAUAUAAACAAUGCUGUUAAGAAAACCCUUAAUAUUGAUCCAGCCAUUGAAUGCAGAAAAAUGGAUGGAGAAAGUUAUAUGUCAGAAAUUCGUAUAUGCUUUACCAAGGAAUUAAAGUUAUGUGAUUGUGAUGGAGUUUUGGCUCGUAGAGACAUUGGUACUGAUUCUAUCAUUACCAAUUGUGACGGAAAUAAAAACAUAAUUUAUCCUCACUAUAAGGAAAAUAGUUUAUAUAUCCAACUGUAUAAGUUGGUUACAUGGCUGCAAUGGUUUACCCUGUAA